AGAAAUCAUCGAACUCAGAAGAAAACUGCCACUUCAUUCAUCUUCUUCUCUUAGCUGACAGCCCUGUGCCUGUGUGUGUAAAGAUCUUUCCUUUAACCUCUCUUCUCUCUAAAUAUGGCAGCUUUUUCGAAUUCAGUGGUUUUUUCUAGAAUCCCCAAGGCACAGCUCUCAUCUGGCUCUGCUCUAAAGCUACAGGAACAAUGUCUUGGGAGUGUUUGCCUUGCCAACUUGGCAUUUAAUUCAAUUCUUCAAGGGAAAGAGAAACUUUCCAGCUCAAGGAGGUCAUUAAAAAUUCAAGCUGCUUAUAGAGAUGAUGGAAGGCCAAGCAGUGCAAGCAUCUUUGUUGGUGGUUUUGUCUUGGGAGGAGUCAUAGUUAGUGCACUGGGAUGUGUAUUUGCUUCUCAGAUCAGCAAUGCACUAGCUGGAGUCAACAGAAGAGAUAUAAUGAAGAAACUGCCCAAAUUCAUAUAUGAUGAAGAAAAAGCUUUGGAAAAAAAACGUAAGAUACUGUCUGAGAAGAUUUAUCAACUAAACUUAGCUAUUGAUGAGAUUUCUGCUCAGAUCCGAUCUGAAGAUGCCCCAAAUAGAGUUCCUGUCAACUCCAAUGAAGUAGAAUCUACUUUGUUUGUGGCCAUGUUGAAAACAAUGAAAGGGCAGUUUAGGGAAAACGAGAAUAUCUUUGUGGCUCAAAUUAUGGGCUUGCAUGCUCAGAUGUUGUCUUAUCCUUUGCAUCUGCUGCACUCUCUAUUCCAACCACACAUUUCUUGAAUUCACUUGCAACCAUAAUAUACACGAAGGAAAAAACGAAAUUCAAUCAACUGUAUAAAUACUUGGGGAAGGUGGUUUUUGGUUCUAGUUGCAGCCAUGGCCACUCACGCAGGUCUAGCUCCUUCAAGAAUCCGCACAAGCACCAAGUUUCCAUCUAAGAGCAGCUCCUUCCCAACCCAAUGCAUUUCUAAGAGGCUGGAAGUAGCUGAGUUUUCUGGUCUCCGUUCCUGCUCUUGCGUGACAUAUGCUACAAACGCCAAAGGAACUUCAUUUUCUGAGGUGGUGGCUGCUCAGCUUACUCCUAAGACAGUAGCAUCAGCCCCUGUUAGGAGAGAAACAGUUGCCAAAUUGAAGGUUGCAAUCAAUGGAUUUGGACGCAUUGGCAGAAACUUCCUUCGGUGUUGGCAUGGCCGGAAAGACUCACCCCUUGAUGUGGUUGUUGUUAAUGACAGCGGUGGUGUCAAGAAUGCUUCACACCUGUUGAAAUACGAUUCAAUGCUUGGAACUUUCAAAGCAGAAGUCAAAAUUGUGGAUGAUACAACCAUUAGUGUUGACGGCAAGCCAAUUAAGGUUGUCUCUAACAGGGAUCCUCUCAAGCUUCCGUGGGCUGAUCUUGGCAUUGAUAUUGUCAUUGAGGGAACAGGAGUUUUUGUGGAUGGCCCUGGAGCUGGGAAGCACAUUCAAGCUGGUGCUAAGAAAGUUAUCAUCACUGCUCCAGCAAAAGGUGCAGACAUUCCAACUUAUGUUGGUGGACUGCAUUUAAAAACAUCAGUUUGGAGCGGGAAAAGAUGAAAAUACCAUUGAUGGACAUUGGAGACAAAAUAAAAUUAAAAAAAAAGGGGUCUAUUAAAUGUUGAUCAAUUAA